AACUAAGAAUGCAGCGAUGAACCUUUUCAUAGCUGACUACUUAACUGAAUGUAAAAAGCCUUUUGGUCAGUCCGAAUAUAAAUUCCAUUCUACCUCUGAUAGAUGAGAGUUCCAUCUCAAGAUCACUGGCCAUCUCCAUCCACCGGAUCUCAUUCAUCCAACAUUGUGCUGUGCAUGUUGGGUCAAGUCACAACCAUGACAUUGUCUCAUUCGUCUCUCAGUGGCCUUGAAGAUGGACGCAGACAGACCUGGCCACGAGAGGACGGCUGCCGCCGGUGUGGACUUCACCGAACUCGAGAGGCAGCUGGCCAACGUUCAAGCGGCUCCGUCAAACGCACAGAGCCACGCGAAAGAGACGCCAAAGGUGUCCACCCAAAUAGCCGACAGUCUGUCUGAACAGAAGUGUGUGACCAAACAGCUCUCUGCCGAAGCGAGCGAGCAAGCCUCUUCAAAAGAUACCACGACACACAAAGACAAGAAGGACGAGGAGGACUCCUGGUCCUUUGGAGUGAAGCAUGCAGCAGCUACAGUCAGUGUCCAAUCUUCUGAGAUAUCUUUAAGAAAGAGCACUGAAGUGAAGGGGAAGGAUGAGAAACCUGGGGAGCACCUGAAAGACAAGUCUGGCAUGUCUGCGUACUUUGAAACCACAACCUUGAAGGACAGUGAGGCUCGAGCAGGAGGUGGUGAGGGUUAUUAUGAGCUGAGUACAGGAGGGGGUGAAAAGACGAUGCUCGACAUUAGCUACACAAGUCUCGGGGGAGACAAACAUGAUGAAGAUAGCAAGAAGGAGGCACAGUCCACCCUUUCGCCCAUAGAGAGAAGGGAUGAUUGUCGCCUCUCACCCGGAAAGCUGGCGCUGGACCAGAGGAGCUACUCCCUCAACAUCCCGAUUGGAGGACUCGAUCAAGCUCGUCCCAGGAACUUCUCUCCGCUAGCUACAGACAUUUUGUCAUUCACCAGCGGAAGUCUGGACGAAUCAGCCGACUAUCUUCCCGUCACCACCCCGUCUGUGGAGAAGCUCCCAGCAUUCCCUCCUGUUGGCGUGGAAGCGUCAGCCUCCGACGCCCAGCUGUCUCCAUCACCCCCAAUGGCCACAGGCUCAAGUGGCAAGACGAGCCCUCAGAGAGACUCGCCCGAUUUGUCUUUCCCCUCCUCCAAGUUCCAGUACAAAAACGGCACAAUCAUGGCUCCUGACCUUCCCGAAAUGCUCGAUCUGGCAGGCACCCGGUCAAGGCUGACGUCUGAGAACACCGACCCAGACAUCAUGAGAAGGAAGUCGUGUCACGCCGACGUGUCAGCCCACAUCUCUGAGUCCCUCGCCAAUUUAGGCCUGGCCGACCAAGGUCAGAAAGGGGCCAGAAGCGAAAGUCAGUUAGAGGAUCUUGGAUACUGUGUCUUCAGCGAGUACUCCGGGCCCAUGCCGUCACCUGCUGAUGUGCACAGCCCCAUGGACUCCAUGCCUCAGAUCUUCACCACGAUGCCGUCUGAAGAAAAGGAUGCAGCAGCUCCGUGUGAUUCAUCGGCGGAGGGUGCGCCGGCCAAAAAGGAUGGGGCACCUGAGUCAGCAAUAUCGCCCAAAGAUGAAGAUGUAAAACUUGGCCAGGGCAUCGCUGCCACUGAAAAAGACAAGCCAGACACCAGCAAGGACGGGAAAAACAAAGAGGCCGAUGACAAGGCUGAAAAAGAUAAAACACAGGCAGACAAACAGGCUGAAACUUUCGUGACACCAGUGGUGACGGUCACUUUGGACGAGUCUAAGCCUGAUAAGGAGGCAGAAGGCAGCACCUUAACGCAGACAGACUUCGAAGAAAUAGCUGCGUAUGAGAGACAAAUCCGAAGGCUGGAGAUGGAGGACCGACCACUGAGCGUUGAGGAGGAGCGAGAACUGAUGGAGCUGAGGGAGAAGGUGAAGAACAAACCAGAUCUGGUGCACCAGGAGGCCUACGAGGAAGUCGAUGCCGAGGACGUGUACCAGCUGACAGGAGUAGCCAAAGACAGAAUUGCUCGACCGAUCAGGCCGUCUCCUGCGUCAUCUGUCGAAAGUACCACUGAAGAGGACAAGGCAGUGAGGCCCAAGCAGCUUGAGGGUGCUGAGGCAGCAGCAGCAGUGGAGAAAGUCAAGACUUCAGAAAAACCAUCCAGUCCAGGUGUGAAAACUCAGCCUGCUGAAAAAGAGAAGGAUAAGGUGGAGAAGGGAGAGGGUAUUGAAAUGGCCAAAGAGCCCAAAGAAUUCAUAGUGGAGGCCAAGCCAGCGAGUCCUGUGGGAAAAGCAGCCCCAGAAAAGGCAGACGCAGCGAAGGCCAAAGAGGAGGAGGAAGAGGCACUCGAAGGAGCCGGAGCAGCAGACGCAACAGUGGAGUCUCGAGCCGCCAUCGAAUCUGUAGUGACGGUGGAGGAUGAUUUCAUCACAGUGGUUCAGACCAUCGACGAAGGCGAGGCGCCCGUGCAUAGCGUACGCUUCUCAGCUCCUCCAGAGGAGGAGGAGCCUGCUCAGAGGCUCCAGGAAGAGGAGGAGGAGGAGGAGGAGUCUGUGGAAAUGGCACAGGAGGUCGAGAUGGAAGCGGCCAGUCUGGAGGAGAUACCAGACGUUCCAGAGGUGGCCGAGACCCCUGUGAUGAUCCCCCCGAAACAGGCAGAGGUGGUGACGGAGUCUGAGAUCCCAGCCGAGAGCUUUGACGACUACAAAGAUGAGACGACCAUCGAUGACUCCAUCUUAGACAGCUCCUGGGUGGACACCCAAGGUGCGAUUUCAGAUGAGGACAAAAGCAUGGCCACGGAGAAAAUUGAGCCUCUUCCCAAAGUGCGGAGCCCCGUCAAAAAACCUGUGGUGGAGAAGCCGACCAAGCAAAAGGCCAAAGGGGGCCGGGUUAAGGCCCGGAUCUCCACUCCGGAGCGCAAACCUGUACGCAAGGAGCCUCUUCCUAUUCCCAGGGAAGACACCAGGAAGAAAAAAGCUGUCAUUAAGAAGGCCGAGUUCCCCAUUAAGAAGUCUGAAAUUCAGACUCGCUCUCCCUCCCGCAAGAGUGCUUUAAAACCCGCUGUCAGACACCCUAGGCCUGCCCAGCACCACGCCUGUGUUAAGCGGAGACCCACAGUGUCAGCAGACGGCCGGCAGCCCAUGAGCGUGGCCAGACACUCGCGGGACAGGAUCUCUCCCCACUCCUACCCUGUCUCCCAGAUCCCCACCCCCGCCUCCUCCUCACUAACAAAGAUCCCCAAAUCGCGGGCGGCGGCAGUCAUGCUCCCCCCUCGACCCAGCUCCGCCUGCUCCAACGCCAACGUAAGGAGCGUUCAGAUGGAGGCUGACGGCUUUGGGCCGCGGCCCUCCUCGGCUGGGGCCCGGGGCUCCCCGCCAAUGAACAGACUCAUGGGAAAGGAUGGUGGUUCCAGGAGCCCAGAGAAGAGGUCGUCUCUGCCCAGGCCAGCAUCCAUCCUGAGCAGGCGCUAUCAUCCCGCGGAGCCCGAGGAGAGCUCCACCUCCAUCACCAGCUCCGGAUCUACAGCACCGCGCAGGCCCACAUCGUUCCGCACUGAGUUCCGAGCUGAGUAUAGGACGGGACGGGCUCACAGCGUGGCUGGUAGGACGGAGACCAGCCGCUCCGAGUCCGCUCGCUCCCGCUCGGCCCGCAGCGGCACGUCCACCCCGCGCACGCCGGGCUCCACGGCCCUCACGCCGGGCACCCCGCCCAGCUACUCCUGCCGCACGCCGGGCACCCCCGGCACGCCGCGCACGCCCAAGUCCCUCAGCCUGCUGUCGGGCGAGAAGAAGGUGGCCAUCAUCCGCACGCCGCCCAAGUCGCCCGCCACCACGCCCAAGCAGCUGCGUGUCAUCAACCAGCCGCUGCCCGACCUGCGCAACGUCAAGUCCAAGAUCGGCUCCAUCGAAAACAUCAAGUACCAGCCCAAGGGCGGCCAGAUUCAGAUUUUAAACAAGAAGCUGGACUUCAGUCACGUACAGGCAAAGUGCGGAUCCAAGGAUAAUCUGAAGCAUUCCCCCCGUGGAGGCAAUGUUCUCAUUCCUAACGUAAAACUGGACUUUAGCCACGUCAGGUCAAAGUGUGGCUCCAUGGACAAAGUGCAGCAUGCGGCAGGCGGCGGGAACGUCCAUAUCCAGUCCAAGAAACUUGACUUAAGUCACGUCACUUCCAAGUGUGGUUCACUGGACAACAUUCGCCACCGACCAGGAGGUGGACAUGUGCGCAUUGAGAAUGUGAAGCUGGACUUCAAAGACAAGGCCCAGCCUAAGGUGGGCUCCCUUGAUAAUGCCCAUCAUACACCCGGAGGAGGCGCAGUACUGAUCGAGAGCCACCGGCUCUCCUUCCGCGACACGGCCAAGGCGCGGGUGGACCACGGGGCGGAGAUCGUCAGCCAGUCCCCGGAUGGCACGUCCCCGCACCGCCACAGCCACAUGUCAUCCUCGGGCAGCAUCAACCUCCUGGAGUCCCCGCAGCUGGCCACGCUGGCCGAGGACGUCACCGCCGCGCUGGCCAAGCAGGGCCUGUGAGCUCGUCCCCCUUCACGCACCCCUCUCUCACCCCUCUCGCACCCCUACAGAUGAGCAGGGCCUAUGAGCUCACCCCUCUCUCACCCCCCUCUUGCCCACCUACGGAAGAACUCCCACCAUAGCCAAGCAGGGCCUGUGAGCUCAUCCCUCUUCCCCCCCUCUCGCCCCCCUUCUCUCAACCUCCUCUCUCUCCCCCCUUCUCUCUCCCUCCUCUCUC